UCUCUCUGUGAGCAUCACUGCGUGAGUUGAUAAAAAGCCAUCUCCUGCUAAACGUCUCAUUUGCUUCCUCAGCUGAAGGUUCAAACAUGCUGCUUUCUGUCCACUGGAUUGGGCUGGCGGCUGCACUUUCGUGUCUCCUAACGGGUGAAGUGUGGUGCGAUUGUACAGAGGACAAUGUGCAAAUAGAGGGGGGUCAUUACAAUCUGACCAAGGGACUGAAGACAGGCAGCCUGCUGACCUACCACUGUCCUGAGGGUUACUAUCCAUACCCUGCACAGAAGCGUGUGUGCCAGCUCAAUGACAUGUGGAGCCAAGACAGCACAAGUUCGAAACCUCAGAAAUGCAGGGUGGUUGAAUGCCCGGACCCCAAAGUCCUGAUGCAUGGAAUCGUCUCCCCUCCUCAGGAGAGAUACUUUGUCGACAAUGAGACUACAUAUCAGUGUUACUCUGGCUACACAAUGAGAGGCUCAUCCAGGAGAGUCUGCUUUCCAAAUGGCAAGUGGAGUGGAUCCACUCCCAUCUGCAGCCGAGACUCAGGAAACGAUUGUGCUGAUCCCGGCAUCCCGGCUGGCGCCUUCAGAAGGGGGAAUUCAUUCCGAAUAGACGACAAAGUGAAAUACAGCUGCAAGAACGGCCUGUUUCUGGUGGGCUCCAGCGAGAGAACGUGCCUGGAGAACGGCCAGUGGACUGGCACAGAGCCAGCAUGCUACUACAAAUACACGUAUGAUACUCCGCUGGAGGUUUCAGAGGCCUUUGGCGGUGCACUCAAAGCCAGCCUCACCACUUUGGAGCCUAUUGAUGACACACAAGAGGGAAGAAAAAUCAAAAUUUCAAAAACCGACACGCUCAACGUCUACAUUGCGGUGGACAUUUCGGAGAGUAUUGAAGAGAAAUAUUUCAUUGAUGCCAGAGAUGCUGUAGUACAACUCAUCACCAAGAUUUCAUCUUUCUCUGUCACUCCAAAUUAUGAGAUCCUGUUUUUCUCUUCUGAUGUAUAUGAAGUUGUCAACAUUGUCGAUUUUUUGGACGGCAAGACCCAACUGAGCACAGUGAAGGCCGAUCUGGAAAAAUUUAAAAUAGACAACAGAGACACUGCCGGAACUGACCUCAACCUCGUUUUUAUGACCAUCUUGGAGCGCAUGGCAUUUAUAAAGCAACGGACAGGGGAAGAGGGCUUUAAGGAGCACCGUCACGCAAUCAUUCUUUUUACAGACGGUGCUUACAACAUGGGUGGUACACCUGAGCCUACAGUGCAAAAAAUAAAGAACAUGGUCUACAUGGACCAGACUAGCAGGAGCGAAAAACCAUUAAGAGAAGAGUACCUGGACAUUUAUAUUUUUGCCAUUGGCGCCCUGAUCUUCGACGACGACUUAAUUCCUCUUGUAGCCGGGACAGGUGGCGACCAUUACUUCAGGAUGAGCGAUAUUCGCAGUUUGCAGAAGACAUUUGAUGAGAUUAUUGAUGAAGAAGAAGUGAAAGGUUUAUGUGGUCUUCACAAGGAAUACGACACCACAAAAAGAAGGGAAAAUUAUCCAUGGGUGGUAUUUAUUGUCAUUCAGAACGAGGGCAGAGUCAUGAAAUGUCUGGGCUCUCUGGUGACGCCCAUGUUCGUCCUGACCGCCGCUCACUGCUUCACGUUUGGGGAUUUACCUCAGCACGUCACAGUUGACAUUGACGAUAUGAACGGCAGAAGAACCAAAAAGGUGAAGAACUUCUUUUUGCACCCAAAAUUCAAUGUCAAGGCUAAAGUAAACGAGGGUGUGGAAGAGUUCUAUGACUACGAUGUGGCUCUCAUUCAACUGGUGGACUAUGUGAAAAUCUCCACAUUGGCCAGACCUAUUUGCAUACCUUGCACCCAGGAGACCAGUAAUGCCCUAAAACUGGUUGGUGAAUCCACCUGCAAGGAACAAGUGGCAACCUGUGACCUGAAACCCCUCAAUUUGAAAAUUCAUUAGACUUCAUAGGUUAAUUUUUCAACUUUAAUGAUCUGGAGUGUAGGCUCCAGCAUAUCUACGACCCCAGUGACGACAAGCGGCAUAGAAGAGGAUGGACGGAUGGAUCUGGAGUGCAUGAGAAAGUGUAGAGGAAAAUGUAGCUCUCCUUGACCACAUGGUCAUUUCUUAAUUUACAUAGUUAUCCCUUGUUUAUCAUGUUUAAUUGGUUCCAGACCCCAAGUGAAGUUCCGCAAAGUAGGCAUGCUUAUUUAUGAAUGGAAUAUUUUCAUAGUUAGAGCAUAGAAAACCUGCUUAUGGUCUUCUAAAUAUGGCUUUUAACAUUAUUAGAGCCAUCCAGACAUGCAAUAACACCCCUAUAGUCACCUUUACAGUAGUAGUAGUAGAUAAAAUACCAGAAAAUAAGCCAUUUUCGACAGUAGACCGUAGAUACGACUGAUACUCGUGUGUGUUGCUGUAAAUGUGUCCCAGUGGCACGGACAGUAAGUGACGUCGGGGGUUCAGAGUUGAGUUUUAGCUUGGCGCGGGUUACAGACGCAGCAGUAGCCCGUGUUUUUAUGAGGGUUUAUUGUGCCCGUUGUAAAAUCAUUCAAACCUGGAUUUAACCUUGUAUUUUUUGCCUAAAUUAAGCAUUUUCAAGCAUAAAAAUAGCUAAAUGAACUAAGUCACACGUUUUUUUGUCUCAUUUUUUCUGACUAUAUCUACUAUAUUGGGUAAUAGGAAUGUAGAGGUGACUCUAUGGGUGUUAUUUCAUGUCUAGACAGCUCUAAUAAUGUUAAAAACUGUAUUUAUCAGAUUGUAAACAGGUUCUCUAUGCCACUGCUACGAAACCAUUCCAUUUGUAAAGAAGGAAUCCUACUUCGCGGAAAUUCAUUUAUCACAGUCGGGUGUGGAACCAAUGAACCGCGAUAAACACAGGACUACUGUAUUGCAGUGGUUCCCAAACUUUUCACAGCCACGUAGUUUGACUUGAAGCCACGUAUCCCCUACUCCUGCACACUUAAAAAACAUAAACCUUUUUAAAAUCUUCAUUAACUUGAAAUAUUGAACAUGAUUAAUUAAUUGUACAGUAAGUACGUAAUUCUGGUUCAAAAAUGUUCAUUUUGCCUGGUUAAAUUGAGAAUUUUUUUUCCACGAGCACUGAUAAAUUGCUAAGUAUUCAUCCUACAUAUCUUUUAUUUCAGCCGGAUGUUGGGAUCCUUCCGUUUGAAUGGGUUGAACUUUCAGGCUUUACUUUUGUCCACUUGCAAUCGCUAUGGUUUGAAUCUACGAUACCAAAUUGAAAGGGACAGUUAACAAACAUGAUAAAGAAGUAUCCAUUACCAAAAUUAAACACUCUUAAUGCACAACAUAAUCGUCAAACGUACUUACUUGUUCAUAUAACUCACACAGAACAAUGAAGAACUUCAUGCUGUCUCCUUCCCUCUCCUUGCUCUGACUGUGCGCUCUGCUCUGUGAGGCAUUCAGGCGCACUCGUAAUUGCUAGUGUUCGGCGCUAAUUGUUUUUCAUUUUUAUUCACGUACCCGCUAUGACAAUUGGCGUACCCCGCUUACGAUGUAUGGCAUGACAAUGACCACAGAAACGUAUU